ACACUGCAGUCUUUCUUUUUGCCUCUCUGUGGAAACUGUCUUUCUCUUCUCCCCGCCUGUCUCUCCUUUCUGCUUCUCCCGCUGCUUUGCAAUGACCCCGGUGGACACCUUGAUCUCCUUGCCCACCUAGAGAAGAGGAGAGAGAUGCUGUAGCGGAGGAGGGGGAGACGAGAAGAGGGGACACCGCACACUUUGCCUCACUGAUGAGAGUCUGGAAAUUAAUUAACCGCCGUCAGCAGAGAGGGGGGAGCGCAGAGAGGGGCUCAGUGUGAGGUGCAGAGAGAAGAGAAUAAGAGGGAGUUGAAGAGGGCGCAUUGCUAGAUGUGUGAAGAGCAGGCGGCAGAGGAGAGGCAGGGUAACCCCUAGACACUUUUCAGAGACGAGAGGGACAAGUUAGGGCAGAUGCAAAAGAAGCGAGAGGGGAAGUAAUCCAAGAAGCCAAAGAAUGGUCUGCUCAUUAUUCAUCCUUUCACGCUUCUUUUCAUAACACCAUCCUCUCAUCUUUUUUUUUUUUUUUUUUGCAUGUCAGCAAAAGCACAUCGACAACCACAUGCCGAACACUCAGCCACGACUUAGACCCAGCGUAGCAUCUUGUUCUCAGCGGAUGUGAGUAAAAGAAGUUGAUUGGCUGAUUCAGGGGUGCCGUUACCUCCCGGCUGAGAGCACCUGCUCGGGAAUUUCUCAUGAGACCAGGUAGGACGUUUCUGGAUCCAGCCGGAGAGGUCGAGCCGAAGCCCCUCUGGUCGUGAUUGAAGCGUCAGGAGAUGAAACCGCAGACCGGCUUAUCUCUCCGAGCAUGACACCUGUGUUUGAGCGAUUACAGAGAGGGAAAUGUGCAGAUGUGUGUGCUGGGAUUAUGUCCUAAAUACACAGAAUUACACAGGUGUUGCGGCAGGAUUAUGCAGAGUCUCCUGCUGAAUAUAGUGACACUGUAGGAUUAAAGAGGAACUCAAGUCAAGUGGAUGGCAGCACAUUAUCUUCCACAGAUUAAGUCAGAUCAGGCGUGAUCACACCUGUGGUAAAAUUAAAUCAGUCACUCCAGGGGUUGUAACGCGUUUGAGGUAAACUGGGGACACGUUGAAAAAUCAACAAAAUCUCAGCAUCCAGUGGAGUAACUUCGGGUCCCUCGCUGAGGACUUUGCUCAGACCUCAAGUGCACAAAGUGACUAUUAAAGACUCUUAAAGCUUCCAUAAUGAGACGCUCGAGCACGGACGAGACUCCGUACCGGCGCAGUCCGUCUCUGGACAGCAAACCCGACACGCCGCCGUUCACUUCUGGGUUCCACCGCUUCAGCGGGGAGUUUGAGUACAAGCGGCCGCCGUUUGCGUUUGGCUUUCACACGACAAAAGGGCCGCAGACGUCCAAGGGACGCUACGCCCAGGGGAAGAAGUAUGUGGUGUUUUACCUGGACCUCUCCUUCAUAUUCCUCCUAGAACUGCGGCGCUGCAGGAUGGCCGAGGGUUGCAUGAUGGCCCUGCGAUAUGGAAUGGUCUUCUUCAACCUCCUCUUCUGGUUGGGAGGAUGCGGCAUACUCGGGGUGGGAGUCUGGCUCUCAGUGACCCAGGGAAACUUUGCCACCCUAUCAUCAUCCCUUCCCUCUCUGUCGGCAGCCAACCUGCUCAUCGCAGUGGGGACCAUCAUCAUGGUGAUCGGCUGUUUGGGCUGCGUGGGAGCUGUCAAAGAGAGCCGUCCUCUGCUGCUGACGUUCUUCAUCCUCCUCCUGCUCAUCUUCUUCCUAGAGAUUCUGUCCAUCAUGCUUUUCUUCAUCUACCAAGACGAGAUUGAUCACUAUGCCCAGAGGGAUCUGAAGAAGGGCCUUCAGCUCUUCGGCACAGAGGGCAACGUGGGUCUGACCAACGCCUGGAUGAUAGUACAAACUGAUUUUCGCUGCUGUGGAGUAACCAACCACACAGACUGGUUCGAAGUUUACAACGCCACCCGUGUGCCGGACUCGUGCUGCUUGGAGUACAGUGACAACUGUGGCCUGGACAACCCGGGAACAUGGUGGACAGCGCCGUGCUACGAGCGUGUAAAGGACUGGCUUAAUGAGAACCUGGUGGCACUUUGGAUCUUUGCUCUAUGCACAGCACUUACUCAGAUCCUGGGCCUGGUCUUCUCCAUGACGAUGUUUUGUCAGGCCGUGAAAGUGGAGACCUUCUACGCCUAGCGAUCGACCUCUCUGCCCUUCAGCACAGUUGGAUUGUUUCUCAUCGGAGAGGGACAGAUAUAGACCCACCCUCCUCCCCCCUCUUCCUCCUCUUCCUCCUCCUCCUCCCCCCGACAGACUCUUCUUUCCUCGUCCUCUCUGUGACAUUCCCUCUCGGAUGUCACCCGUUCACAGUUUUUCUGCUAACUAUCAACAAGCACAGUGUCAGUGUAAUCCCUGAGUUGGUUCCUAUGGUUUGCUCUGUGUCGAAAAGCUAAUUUUUGUGAUACAUUUUAUGAAGCAGUAUUAUGAACAUGUAUAAAAAAAGUGUAACCCUUUUCUUUCUUUUUUUUAAUAUGUGUUUUGUUCUAAAUUAUUUUAUGGUUUGUAUGUGUUUUCAAAAUGAGAGCUACAGUUGGGAAAGUGCUUCCAGUGCAUGUCUCCUGCGAUGGUGUGUAUUAAAUGUUUUGGCUUGACUAAACAGCUCCAGUCAUCUUGUUAUUGCUCAGCAGGAAGCACUGAAGGGUUUUUAUACGGAGGCCGACAGGGGAAAAACGUGCAGCAACUUAGUGACAGUUUGGGAUUUU